AUGAUCGAACGCUGGCACCGCACGCUAAAGGCAGCCAUCUGCUGCAAAGAUACGACCAACUGGAGCGACAACUUGCCACUCAUCCUUCUCGGCCUGCGCACAGCGUACAAGUCGGACAUCAACGCAUCCCCGGCAGAGCUGGUUUACGGAGACACACUGUGCAUACCAGCCCAGUUCUUCGCCGAACAACCGUAUCGGCCGACCGAGGACUACACAGAAUACCGUCGCCGACUCAACGAAGCGCUGGCGCAGAUCCAGCCAACAGCAACCGCGUGGCACACCGAGAAGCCAACCUUCGUACAUAGCAGCCUCACGACAUGCACGCACGUAUUCGUGCGCAACGACACCGUUCGCCCUGCCCUAACGCCUCCUUACCAGGGUCCCUUUCAAGUACUCACUCGUACUCCCAAGUUCUUUCAGGUCAGCGUCAAUGGGAAGGCAACUAGCAUCUCCAUCGACCGCCUGAAACCAGCGUACAGCGCCGGACCCGAGGCACCACCAACUCCACCGCCACCGCCGACCUCACCGUCACUGCCAACUCCACCGCCACCGCCGACAGCAACACCUCCACCGGCAGCAGCGACACCAUCGGCAAAGCUGCACCCCGCGCCACUCCCAGG